AAACAAGAUUUAUGGACUAUUCAUACUCUGAACCAGUACCUUAUCCAUCUCAAUCUACGCCCAUACACCAUUCUAUGUCCGUCUACUCUGAGACGAGACCCCGCCGACAUACGAUCACUCGACCUGAUUCAGCUAUGGCUUUAUUAUCUGAUAUAGAAAAUGAGGAUGAGGAUGAUGAUAGAGAGCAACAGGAAACGUUUGACAGAAUAUCAGGCAUUUUAUCCAAUCUGAUACAAGAGGCCAACGAGGCAGUACAAGAUAUAGAAAAUGAGCGCGUUCAUUUAUUGAAGAAAUCAAAAAGAACAAGCAAGACACCCAAGGUAUACACUUCUUCAACUAUUUUAACCAAGCACAACCUUGAUACUAAGAGGACGAGAAGGACGAGAGCAUCACAUACACCUUGUGUGCAUGUGCGCAAUCCAAGUUCAUCAUCGACAACAUCUAACAACUCCACACUUUUUUCUCCGCUGUCGGCGUCUUCGGCUUCUUCAUUCAGUACUACAACUACCUUAUCCAGUUCACCGCCAUCAGUAAACAAGAAACUAUUCAGACAUACGGCCUUUCGACCAAGACAGUCUCCUUCAGUAACCGGAUCACAAAGGCGUUCAACCACACCUCGAACCAGAAAACGAUCCCAGACUGUUCAAGAUACAAUUAUGGAAUCCUUCAAACGACUUGAUAGCUCAAUGGCCUUAGUUGAUUCGCUUUCUCGCGAUUUAGCUACAACAACGGAGGAGGAUGACAAAAAGAGUGGUCCGCUCGACAACUCUCGGAUGACACUAUUGCUACUCAUUCCUUUACUGCAUAUACCACACUCACUUAUCACCAUGAUUUUUGACUUUUGUACAUCACCUACUGUAUCCAAUCGCACAAGUACCAGCAGUAUUCUAUCAUCUCCUUCUUUUAGUAUAUCAUCCAUGGUAUUUUGGGCUUGUGUGUUUACAGUAACAAAUUUGAUGGUGGAUCAAGUAGCGAUUAUACCCAAAAGUUGGAUAUUGUCUCGAACAAGGCGAAUUUCUUUACCUGGUUCAUACACUAUCCAGAGCAUUAAUAGCAGUAGCCAUAGUAGUAGUAGAAAUAGUAUUAGUGGCAGUAGUAAUAAUAAUAAUAGUAGUAAUAAAAGUGAGUCAAAGACGAUAAAGAGAUCCUGGAUACCAAAAUCUGUGCACAGACAAUACCAAUUUCAAUUAGGUCAAACUAUGGAACAACCAACGUUAAAAAGAAGAAAUUCCAUUUAAUUUGAUUGUUAUGUAUAUGCUUUAUUUUAAACCACAAAAAAAAGAGAGGGAAACAAUAAAAAAAAACACUAUGUACAAUAAUAAAAUGUAAAAGCUUGGCAAAAUGAAUAAAGAAAGCUUAUAUGUCAC